GUAGGAAGUUGUGUAUGAAUUAACUAACAGAUGCCGCGGCGCGCUCCAAGUAUUUGCAUGCUGCGCAUUGUCUCACUCUCAGUCAGCUUCUUUGCUUGCGGCUGAAGUGUGUUUAAUACUUUAAAAACGAUGCCUUGCCCGUUAACGUCAGUAAGGCUGACGUCAGGAGCACAGAUGCCACUCUUGGGUCUGGGCACAUACAAGUUACAGGACCAACUGAACCAGUCUGUCAAUACAGCCCUUAAAGCUGGAUACCGUGCAUUUGACACUGGAGCAGUCUAUGGAAAUGAGGCUCAUCUAGGGGUAGUCCUUAGAGAGCUGUUACCCAAGUACGGACUUAGCCGUAAAGAUGUGUUUAUCAUCAGCAAGCUUGCCCCUUCAGACCAUGGGCCCAGAGCAAAAGAGGGUUGCCUGAGCAGUCUCUAGCAGCUAGGCUGUGAAUAUAUUGACCUCUAUCUGGUGCACUGGCCGGGGGUAGAGGGUCUUGAUCCAGGGGAUUCUCGUCAUUCAGAGUAUCGGGCACAGAGUUGGACAGCCCUAGAGGAAUUCUAUGCCAGCAGGAAAUUCAAGGCCAUAGGAGUCUCCAACUUCACUGCAGAGCACAUUAGGGAGCUGCUCAUGACAUGCCAUGUGCCCCCAGCAGUCCUUCAAAUGGAGUGUCACCCAAAGCUGAUUCAGAGGGAACUGAGGGAUGUGUGUAUGGAGACAGGCAUUCACUUCCAGGCCUACUCCUCUCUGGGAAAAGGAGCUCUCUUGAGGGAGCCAGAGGUAAUGGCUAUAGCAAGGAGCUGUGGUCGGACCCCUGCCCAGGUUCUGCUAAGGUGGGCUGUGCAGCAAGGCAUCUCAGUUCUGCCUCGUUCCUCGCAGCCAUGCAGAAUAAAUGAGAAUGGUCAGGUGUUUGACUUUGAGCUGAGUGAAAGCAAUAUCAUGAGAUUGGAUGCCCUGAAUUGUGGAACAAGGUUUUGUAAUAUAGCUUAAGAUGACACGACAUGCUAUAGGGCCAAAUCUAUGAUGUAUGUCAAAUGAAAAAAUGCAACAUUUGA